CUGCUAACAUCUUGGUGCCAGAUACCUCAACACACCUUCAGGGGUCUAGUGGAGUCCAUGCCUUGAUGGGUCAGGGCUGUUUUGGCAGCAAAAGGGGGACCAACACAAUAUUAGGAAGGUGGUAAUAAUGUUAUGACUGAUCAGUGUACAACACACAUAUAUACACUCACUGGCCACUUUAUUAGGUACACCUCACUAGUAUCGGGUUGGACACCCUUUUGCCUUAAUUCUUUGUGGUAUAGUUUCAACAAGGUGCUGGAAACAUUCCUUUUUGGUCCAUAUUGACAUGAUAGCAUCACGCAGUCGCUGCAGGUUUGUUGGCUGAACAUCUAUGAUGCGAAUCUCCUGUUCCAGCACAUUCCAAAGAUGCUCUAUUGGAUUGAGAUCUGGUGACUGUGGAGGCCAUUUGAGUAUAGUGAACUCAUUGACAUGUUCAAGAAACCAGUUGAGAAACCAGCUCAAGAUGAUUUAAGCUUUGUGACAUGGUACGUUAUCCUGCUAGAAGUAGCCAUCAGAAGAUGGACAUGGUCAGCAACAAUACUCAGGUAGGCUGUGGUGUUUAAAUGAUGCUUAACUGGUACUAAGGGGCCCAAAGUGUGCUAAGAAAAUAUCCUUCACACCAUUACACCACCAGCAGUCUGAACCGUUGAUACAAGGCAGGAUGGAUCCUUGUUUUCAUGUUGUCUAAGCCAAAUACUGACCCUACCAUCUGAAUGUUGGAGCACUCAUCAGACCCGGCAGCGUUUUUCCAAUCUCCAAUUGUCCAAUUUCGGUAACUGGGACAGGGGAAAGCUUUAAAAUACCUUCUUCUGCUCCUGAUUGGUUCUCUAUACCAUGAGCUCUGGCUCCGCCCAGGAUGUGGCGGUGGAGAAUUUCCUGCGUGACAUAGAGAGGCGGGGCCAGUGGCUGCACUGCGCUGUUAUUGGCUGUGAGGAGGAGCAUCCCCGUGGCGACAUGAACCUGUUGUACCGCAAGAGUCGACUGGACUGGAGACACAGAGAUCAGGAGGGCAAGAAAAGCUCCAGCUAUAAAGAUGCCUCCUCUGCAACAGUCGGGAAGGUUCGGGAUCUGGCGUCAUUUCGGCGUCAUUUCCGAAUGGGAUUUAUGACGAUGCCAGCGUCUCAGGACCUGUCGCCUCAUUCUUGUGCGGCUGCCAUGGCCCCACGCUCUCAAUCCUGCCAUGCCGUGGGCACCGGUGAGGGAGAGGAGCUAGAGAACGGAUAUUAUCCAGACUCAGACCCCCAAAACCAGUCAAAUCCAUCCCGCUGCCCCCCAGCCAAGCCUAAACGCCACCCCAAUACUCGUCUCAGCUCUACGGCCCAGCAGGAGCAUCCUUCCCGUGGGGUCCAUGCACCACCUGACACUCCGCCACCUCCACCUCCCAAUCACCCACCCAAACACCCAGAGAAGCGGAAUGCAAUGAAAAAAUCUGAUUCAGGUGAAAUGUCAGGACGGAAGGUUCCUCCAUUGAAGCCCAAACGGAGUCCAAGCACACAGCUCUCCUUUGACCCUCCACCCCCACGGGUCCCGCCCCCAACCACACCACUUCCCUUCCAGAGCUCUGAGCCCUCACCACGCGAUGAGGGUGGAGAUGACGAGCCAGUUUACAUCGAGAUGGUGGGCCAGGUCUUCACCCGAGAGACUCACAGUGCCCCGACUCCUCACCCACUCACGCCCUCCGCCACCACGCCUGAUUCUGACUCAGACCAAGGAGAGGCCAUUUAUGAAGAGAUGAAGUACCCCCUACCAGACGACGCGGCUCGAGAAGCCCACCGCCGCUUGCCACUCAAACAUGAGCGUAUGAAGUCCUCUAAAGCGUACCACUCCUCCAUCAUCUCGUCCUCCUCGUCCUCCACCUCUUCCUCGCUCCCGCGCCCUUCUUCCUCCUCUCCCGCCUGCUCCUCCUCCAAGCCUAAAGCUACCGUCUCCAUUUCUCACUCCUCUCCUCUGCCUUCAUCCUGCUCCUCUGCAUCAUCCACUCCAGUACCCCAAGUCCUCUCCUCCUCACCACACCCUCCCCGUGCUCCUACACCCUUCCUGCUUCCAGGGUCCAAGCCUGAACAUGAGCCCAGCUCCAGUAAGAUCCCGGCACCCUUCCCUAACUUGCUCCAACACAAGCCUCCUCUCCUGGCUUUUCCCCAGCCGGCCGCUGCCUCUAGUGGGGUAGGGGCUCAACACAAGUCCAGUUCGGCCAAGAUCAGUGUGCAAUCAGCCUCCAGCCUGCCAACAUCUACCAGCACCUCCUCCAGCACAAGCUCCACCAGCACUUCCAAAGAGUCCUCUGGAGUCGAGAAAGAACGAGAGAAGGAGAGGAGGGAAGGACAGCUGGGGCCGACACCGGGACUCAGAGCCCGCAGUCAUUCCACUCCUCUUCCUCCAUCAUCAAAGUCAUCCUCUCCAUAUUCGCACCAUCAUCAUCAUCACCACCCUCACCACAGGCCUUCCCACUAUCACCAUUACCGCAAGCCUGAGAAAGAGAUGUCAUCAGCGGGCAAGGGGUCAGGACAGUCCUCCACCCAGACGCAAACACAACCUAAGGAGGGCAAGUCUGUCAGCUUCCUGCUCAAGUCCGAAAAAUCUGAAAGGGACCGAGAGAGGGAUCGUGAUCGAGAGAGAGACCUGAGCACGCCAUCAUCCAGUCAUUCUGAUGCCCCCUCCUCAAACACAUACACACACACUUCUCAAACUGGCACGAGCACCACUCCAACCCCGAGUCAGUCGUCAUCGUCCACAGCAGCCACGCCACCUUCCUCCUCAUCUUCCUCCACUCAGCGCCCUCCGUCUCGCUCUCACAUGCACCGGUCACACACCCCGCACUUGUCUCAUGGCCUUCCUGCUUACAAACCUCCCCACUCUGACAGCCCCUUGCUCUGGACCUACCCCUCGGUUGGCUUCCGCCGACCGCCUGCCUACGAUAGCUUGCGAGGGGGCUCGCAGUUGCCAUCCUUGCACACAGACCCCACUAAAACUGGAUCUGCAGCCCAGGCAUUGCAGGCCAAGGCUGGGUUCAUUCCCUGGGAGAGUGCAGCUGCCUUGGGGCUCACAGAAGAACAGGCUUACUGGCCUAUGCACAGAAAAUUAUCAUUCAGUCAUGGGAGUCGAGACACUGAGAAGGACGACGGAGGUGUGUGGAAUGGCAGUGCAGAUGCUCUUUUGAGAAGAGAGAAGGAUGACCUAGCAGCCAUGCGGGGUGGUGGACACUCUGGAAUACCUGUGCGGGCAACAGGGAGACACAGCGAGAGCUUGGCUGGGGCAGAUGGACCACCAGGGUUGAGAGGACUGAUACGAGCGGGACUGCCCUUACCCUGCCAAACCUUCCCUGCAUGCCGCAAUGGUGAGUUGGGUCGCCUUGGCAGGUCUUCCUCCACAUCAGGAGUGAGACAAGCGGGAGUUGACGUUCAAAGGCAGAGCAGCCUGCCGGCCAGAGAAGCACUCAACCAGUUCCACUCUCUCUCGCAGGUUCAGUCUCAGGCUCCCUGCAGUCCGUCACUAAGCCGGCAGCAGCAGUACCAGCACCAGCAGCAGAUCCAGCUCCAGUUCCAGCAGCUGGCUCAGCUCGCCGCACAGGCCCAGGCUCCCAUCAGCGCGGGCACAGCCGGCACCUCUGCAGCUCCGGCCCAGCGUGACGGCAAGCUCCUGGAGGUGAUCGAGAGAAAGCGCUGCCUGUGUAAAGAGAUUAAGGCUCAUCGCCGGCCAGAUAAAAGCUUAUGUAAGCAGGACAGUAUGCCUAUUUUACCCAGCUGGAGGAGAACGCCAGAGCCCCGCAAGACUGGAACGCCGCCCUGCCAGAGGCCGCAGGCUGUGGUGUGGGACACGGCCAUCUGACCGAGGUAGAGAGAGGAAAGGCUAGGAAAUAUGAAAGUCAUGACUGAUAGAGACAGAGUGAGCGGAAAUCUUUUCUUUUCUUUUUUUCUUUUUGGUGUGAAAAGACAAAAUUGGAAUUUCGGGGGAAAUGAGAGAAGAGGCCUUUGAGUGAAGAGAUUAAAAUAAAACUGGAAAAACAAAGUGAGACUGUUUUGCCAAGAGAGAAUAGCAUGAUUUAGAUUAAAUCUCUCUGUAGAAGCAGGAGAAAAAAUUUGUUCACAGAGUGUUUAUGUGCCAUAUAAGUGCAGCAGCCACACACACACUGGAGUUUGAACUCUCUCUGACCUGCUGCAAAAAUAACCUGUGCUGCUGAGUUUACAACCUUUUUGAAACACACUGGAAAUCUUUGGAGCAUCGUAACGUUCGUACUCUAAAUAUAAUCAAUUAGCGAGGAGAAUAGACAUGCUUUUUCCUCCUAGGAUCGAAGAAAUGAUCAAAACUUGAUGCGUAAAGAAUGAAGAGACGCUGAAAGAUCAUAGCGGGGCUUUUCUUCAUAUCAUAAACUCUCUGUGACUUUGAGCUUGUGUGUUUUUACUGACCAGAUUUACUCAGUUAUGCUGCUGUUUCCUGGGCAUCCACUAGACUGAUGUUUUUUUACAUUCCAGAGGAGUGUCGGAAUGAGUGCGUGCGUGUGUGUGUGUGUGUGUGUGCGUGUGUGUGUGUGUGUGUGUGUGUGUGUGUGUGUCAUGGUGAACUUUGUAAUUGUAUCUUUGCAUUAGAGGCAUGUGAGGUUGGAAGUAGACCAGAGACGAGAGGAAAUUCAGACACACAGAGAACAAAAUUGCAAGGAAUACAGGGAAACAUUAAUAAAAUACAAAAUUCGACAUAUGUAUACACAGAAAAAGUCAAACUCUUGUUACACAUUCAGACAUGAUGAAGGAAACAGUGAUGAAGUGCUGUGUGGUACUGUCGUAGAUUGUAGAAGAGAUCCAUUUUAAGUGUAAUUACUGCCUAUUGAUUGAGUGCCAAUUUGCUGAGUGCAAUGACGCGUGUGUCUGUGUAUCUGGGGAGUAUAAGAAAAGAUGUUCAGCAGAAGUUGCGUGACCUUUGUAGCAAUAUUUGUUAAAGCAGGAAACUGAUCAUUUGGCCCAGUCCAAUACAAAAUCACAAAGAUAACCAAGAACGCCUAGGUCAGAUCCGCAUUGCAAGAGCAAAUCAGUUGUUGAAAUUUACUUGAUGAAAAUAGCAACCAAUAAGAUCACAGGAUGAGCUUCAUUACAAAAACUAUCAUAGGAAAGAGAGUGAGUAUCGAUGCAUGGGCUGCGUUAACACAAGGUGUCAUUGUAUUCACCUAAAAACUGUCGAACCACCAUAUUUAUGCAUCUGUUUACAAUUAAUCUGUAUCUGAGCAUAUCUGAAGCUAACAUCCAACUGUACUUUUCAGUCCUUUUGGCAGCACAGUCACAUAUGUCAAUCAACUGGGGUUGCCAUAACGUUUAAUAACAUAUAGUUACAUAUAUAAAAGGUCCUUGUCAGUUUUAUCUUAAGUACAGUAAGACUGAGCAAUCCAGUCACCCUGAGAAUAAAACAAACGAAAAAAAAAAAAAACUUUCCACACUGUCCAAUGCUCAUGUACACAUGCAUAUACACACAAACGCACACACUCGCAGCGCCCUAUUGGGAAAAAUGAACAUGCAGGGGCGCUCCUCAGACCGAUGUUGGAACUUUCCGCACAAAACAAAGCGAACCACAUGACAUUAAGAUAAAAAAAACACACACACACACAAGUGUUAAAAUCUGUAAAAUAAACAUGUACAACUGUAUUGAUUAUGUAGCAAUUAUUUCCACUUUCAUACUUGUAAUCAAUAAAUAUAUUGUAGCAUAUAAUGUAUAAAAGUACAAGGUGUUUAAUUGUUUUAUAAAGAAAUUUAGUAGUUUUAUCUGUGGCUACCUGUCUACACUGUACUGAAUGGACCGCUGAAAGGCGAGCCCUCUCUACUAAAGGCACAGUCUCAGACACACACACUCACACACACCAGUGUUUUUCCAGCUAGUGUCAUGCAAGUCCCUUUAAGCAACUCUGAUCGCAUUCAUACCCUCAUGAACACACUCCACCUGGCUCGUUGGAAUAUCAGUUGGAUAUUUUUGAAGUACUUCUGCUGCUAUACUGAAUUUCUACUUUUGCCUACAUAUCCCUCACUGCUGUUAUUUCAUUUCUCUUGUUCAUUCUUUUGACUGCUCUAUAAUUUUUUUAUGUUUUACUUUUUGGAUGCAAUGGAGUUUUGGGGAGUGGAUCCUUUUGUAACUGUUGGCAAUUGAAUGUUUCUCAGUUGUUGUUGUGGUUGUAUUUAAAAGUUGUUGUUAUUUUUUGAAUAGUUAACAGCACCGACCUGUACAGUUCUCACCCUGGCAACACUACUGUAAACGCGAUGACAACAUUUGCAGUGAUGUCGCCAAGGGUUUGACACGUUGUCACCACGACACCGGGGUUUCACUACAAUACCUGGGUGGCCAUUUGAAAUACAGUCUUUAUCAAACAGUACGGAGGACCACAGUAGAGGAGGGCUGGUGCAAUGCAUGCUGGGAAUUCUUGACGGAUUCCCUUAAAGAUUCAGUUCAAGGUUGGGCUGCGUCCCAGUCUAUAUAAAUUGUGCCCAGUUUGUACUUCAGAUAUACUAAAUAAUCAUCUAGUGGCAAUUUAUUAAGAUGAAAAGGGUAACUUAAGUAUUAUUGGGUAAACUAGUUUACAGAAACUGUCGGCUUUGCGUGUCUACAUAAACGGUGGCCAUAUUAUGAGUGCCAUAAUAUAUUGGUAUGGUAAGAUACGGUGUACCUUGGAAUCACUGUAGUGCUAUAUUUGCAUUGAUAUCGUCAUGAAAUAAAUUUUAUAUGAUGAACAUAA